UGUUUGUUUCCUCACGGACGCUUUUCAGAGCUGUACCAGCGCUGCAUGUGUUUUGUUGUGACAGGUUCAGGAGGAUACUUUCUUCUGCUGGAAAAUUAAUUCCCAGUGAGUACAACCUGUUCACUGGACAGACUCGUAACCUCCGCUACAUGAUGUCCAGCGACCGAGGCGAGUCUCCGGCGGAGGUAGUUCUGGGUUUCCUGGAGGAGGCGGAGCCCUGGCGGCUCCUGUCCCCACAGUUCCCCAGUAAAGUCGGGGGGAAGCCGGCGUGGCUCAGCCGGAGAGGCCUGCCCUCUCUGCCCGAGCUGGAGUGUGAGAGAUGCCGCCUGCCCAUGGCCUUCCUGCUGCAGGUGUACGCACCGAUCUCUGGUCAGGACCGGAGUUUCCACAGGUCGCUCCUCCUGUUCUGCUGCAAAACCCCUGAGUGCUACACACUCAACGACAGCAGCUGCAUGAAAGUUUUCAGAAGUCAGCUACCCAGGAGGAAUGAGUUCUACCCUUACAACCCUCCGCCAGAGGAGGAACCCCUCAGUGACCCGGAAUCCGACCAGAGAGUGUUGCCCGUCUCUGGGGUUAAACUGUGUUGGGUGUGUGGUUGCCCUGGCAACAAAGCUUGUUCUAGAUGUCACACUGUGACCUACUGUGGAAAAAACCACCAGAUGCUCCACUGGAAACACACACACAAGAAGGAGUGUGGCAGCCAAGAAGUGUCCCUCGUCACAACAUCUCCCUUCCUCUUCCCUGAAACUGAGCUGGUCACUGAGCCUGAGGAAGAGGAGAAAGUUGGGAAAGACGAAGACACAAAGAAGGAUGAAGGAGAAGAGGAAGGGAGCGGCACUCAAACCGAUGUAGACUGUCUGUCUUUAGCAGAGACGUUGGCAGAGACCGACCUGGAGGAGAUGGCGAUGUGUGAGACUGAAGACAUCAAAGUGUUCCAGAGGUUUAAAAAGAGGAUCGCACCAGAACCACACCAGGUGGUGCGCUACAUUCGAGGCGGUUCUCCCUUGUGGGUCUCUUCUCAACACAUCCCUUCAGAUCAGGAUAUCCCACAAUGCACCUGUGGCGCCAAGAGGACUUUCGAGUUCCAGGUGAUGCCCCAGCUGUUGAACAGUCUACAUGUGGACUCGACAGGAGCCAGUAUCGACUGGGGUACGGUGGCCGUCUACACCUGCUCCGUCAGCUGUAACCGUGACGACCAGUACUUCCCUGAGUUCAUCUGGAAGCAGGAUUUCAGCUCGGAUCCACACGCACAGAUUAAACACUCGUAACAUCUGACAGCUCAUUCUGAGCAACGAGGAGACUGGUUUCAUCACACUGGCAGUGAUGUCACUUCCCAUGUAGGGAACUGGACGUGUGCUGCAGCACUUCUUACAUUACUGAUGAUACACAGAUCAAAUGUAAAAAUGUGUGAAAUACCAGUGACCGAGUGAUCAGACUCCAGGAGAAUGUUGAACAGCAGAUAUUCACUGUCUGGCCUUGACCUAGAUUUCUGUUUUUGAGGAACAGUUAUAACCCAAACUGAGUCAUAAAUUAAUAAAAUGUAUUUCAUUAAAAGUUCAGAUAUUCAAACAGGAAUUCUGGAUCCUGGUUCUAGUUCUAAACAUUUUCUUAAAUAAACAAUUUCUGGUUGUAAAGAACAGUGUCAGUGGUGUUUCGGCCCUAUGUGAUUAUCAGUGUAUGUUCAUCUUGGCUACAUAUUAAAACAGAUCAGUGAAGUGGAGCUGAUAAAAAGAAAUGAACUUGUGCCUUAUCACAGAUUUUAAUUUAGUCCCUUCAUCUGAUUUUCUGUAUUUUUCAGUGCUUCAGUGACAAAUAUUGAAAAUAAACCAUAGCCUAAGACAUGAGGCAUUUUGUCAACUCA